CUUCCCUCCUUCCUCUUCCCUCCUUCCUCUUCCCUCACCCUCUUUCCUCUUCUCUCUGUGCAGAGUUCUUAAUCAUCACAGCUUGUGUGUGUUUCCCCAAGGCAGUAAACAGUGAAACGCUUGUCGCUCCUGACAGACGGACUCACACUAUUAAUGUCCUUAGAGUACAACAAACAAACAGUCUCCUUUCAGCCACAGAGUGCAUCAAUCACUUCAUAGGACAAGAGAAUAGUAAGUCCAUCAGCCAUUUUGAUUGACUCAGACUACUUGAUACACUAGACUAGCGACUAUGAGAACAAUCAAGUAUCUAUCCUUUUAAAUACCCCACAGGGGAUGUAUAAGUUCACACUUCAAGGAAGAAGAGGAGAUGGGCUCUUGUGCUGUUGUGGCUAAGCCGGUGAUAAUGUUUGUCUUUAUUCCAUGGAACCAAAAGGUUUGACUGGCUUCUAUACCAUGUCUUUAUACUGUAGUAGGGAGGUAAAAGGUUUGACUGGCUUCUAUACCAUGUCUUUAUACUGUAGUAGGGAGGUAAAAGGUUUGACUGGCUUCUAUACCAUGUCUUUAUACUGUAGUAGGGAGGUAAAAGGUUUGACUGGCUUCUAUACCAUGUCUUUAUACUGCAGUAGGGAGGUAAAAGGUUUGAAUGGCUUCUAUACCAUGUCUUUAUACUGCAGUAGGGAGGUAAAAGGUUUGACUGGCUUCUAUACCAUGUCUUUAUACUGCAGUAGGGAGGUAAAAGGUUUGACUGGCUUCUAUACCAUGUCUUUUUACUGUAGUAGGGAGGUAAAAGGUUUGACUGGCUUCUAUACCAUGUCUUUAUACUGUAGUAGGGAGGUAAAAGGUUUGACUGGCUUCUAUACCAUGUCUUUAUACUGCAGUAGGGAGGUAAAAGGUUUGACUGGCUUCUAUACCAUGUCUUUAUACUGUAGUAGGGAGGUAAAAGGUUUGACUGGCUUCUAUACCAUGUCUUUAUACUGUAGUAGGGAGGUAAAAGGUUUGACUGGCUUCUAUACCAUGUCUUUAUACUGCAGUAGGGAGGUAAAAGGUUUGACUGGCUUCUAUACCAUGUCUUUAUACUGCAGUAGGGAGGUAAAAGGUUUGACUGGCUUCUAUACCAUGUCUUUAUACUGUAGUAGGGAGGUAAAAGGUUUGACUGGCUUCUAUACCAUGUCUUUAUACUGUAGUAGGGAGGUAAAAGGUUUGACUGGUUUCUAUACCAUGUCUUUAUACUGUAGUAGGGAGGUAAAAGGUUUGACUGGCUUCUAUACCAUGUCUUUAUACUGUAGUAGGGAGGUAAAAGGUUUGACUGGCUUCUAUACCAUGUCUUUAUACUGUAGUAGGGAGGUAAAAGGUUUGACUGGCUUCUAUACCAUGUCUUUUUACUGUAGUAGGGAGGUAAAAGGUUUGACUGGCUUCUAUACCAUGUCUUUAUACUGUAGUAGGGAGGUAAAAGGUUUGACUGGCUUCUAUACCAUGUCUUUAUACUGUAGUAGGGAGGUAAAAGGUUUGACUGGCUUCUAUACCAUGUCUUUAUACUGUAGUAGGGAGGUAAAAGGUUUGACUGGCUUCUAUACCAUGUCUUUAUACUGAAGUUCUCUCACCUGUUCAACGUUUGCCUUUAUUAUAUGUAGCCAACAGGUCUUCAUGGUUUCUAUAUCCUGUCUUUACAAUGUUCAAUACAUCACCCAAUGAUAAGGUUUUGCCUUCAUUCUAG